AUGGCCCACUCCUGGGACAUCCUCGACUGCCGCGGCGGUUACGUCCUCCUCUGUAAUGUUGACCAGUCAAGUGCGCAAGCAAUGGCGGUGGUGAAUCCCCUGGCGCGACAGUGCCGGUUAUUCGACUAUCUCCAUGUGGACACCUUCGAAGGUUGCCAUGGCACUGCCGCGGAGCUCAACGCCUGCUUGCUCUGCUCCGAGGAGGAGCCCGCAUCGUUCCGGGUGGUGCAUCUUGCCUACGACGAGUCCGGGGUGCGGGCUACUGUCUUCUCCUCGGACACCUGUGAGUGGAAAGUUCACCCCUGGGUUGAUGUCCCAGGGAGACCACGGCGAUCAAAAUCGUGGCUUCUGAACAGUAGCAUGCAAUCAAAUGGGUUCUUGUACUGGGUUUACAAGAAUUACAAGUAUAUGGUCACGCUGAACACGGCGACAAUGGAGUUCUCUGCCGAGGAGCUCCCUCAGUUCCUGAAGAAUCGGUGCUGCAGCUUCAGCGUGGGGGAAACAAACAACGAUGGCGAUGGCACUGAGAAGUGGAUGCUGGACAGGGCCACCCCAUUAGAUGCACAGCUUGAUGGGGUUCUCAGGAAACAGAAGUGCAACUAUGAUGAGCUCCUGGUUGUGGCAGUCAGGAAUGGCUUUGUGUACUUGGCAACUUCAAACAAGAUCAGUGAUUCUGCGAACCCAAGUUGGUUCUUGUCGCUCUGCCUGGAAACGAUGAAACUGGAGAAUUUGUUUCAGAGGACAUAUGACGGUGCUGCACAACCCUAUGUUAUGGCAUGGCCUCCUUGUUUAGUUGCUAACAAUGGGAGUUCUCCACUUGAUGCUGGUAUGAAGUGUAUUAAGUGCCUUCAAAGGAGGAAGGAGAGGAUAUAA